AUGAAAGGUUCCUUCAUAUUCCUCAUAGUCGCUGCUCGACCUAUAUUCGCACUAUGGCCCAUUCCUCGCUCCCUUCAAGCUGGCGACAACCUCGUCAAAUUAUCUCCCGAUUUUCAGAUUCAAUACGCCAUGCCGCGUCCUCCGCAGGACCUACUGGAUGCGGUAUCACGCACCAUUGCACGAUUGCGGUCUGAUAAACUCCAGCGGCUUGUCGUCGGUCGAGGAGAAAGUGACAGUCAGAGAUUGCCGAAUGCACCUUCACUCACAAGCUUAUCGCUUUCUUUGGCUACGACUGCCGGUCCCGUACAGUCAAUAAUGCAAGAAGCAACGAAGGAGAUAACUACUAGAAGUGAAGAAUAUUCCCUGAGCGUCCCCAAUGGCGGUGUUGCGACCGUUGUAGCAAAUUCGACUUUGGGAUUGUUUCGAGGCCUGACGACGUUCGAGCAACUGUGGUACGACGAUUCAACCGGCGUAACGUAUACAUACCAAGCUCCGGUUACGAUUGUCAAUGAUUCGCCUGCAUAUCCUUAUCGAGGAUUCAUGCUUGAUACGGCAAGAAAUUUCUUUCCUGUCGCCGAUAUCAAGCGUACCCUGGACGCGAUGAGCAUGGUUAAGAUGAGCCAGUUCCAUUGGCAUGCCGUUGACUCGCAAAGCUUCCCAUUGAGUAUACCUGGAUUCCCACAGCUGGCUCAGAAAGGUGCAUAUUCAGCACAGGAAAUAUACUCCGACUCUGAUAUCCAAGAUAUUGUCAACUAUGCUGGCGCUAGAGGCAUUGACGUCCUCAUGGCACGCUGUUUCAAAAACUUUUCGGUCAGCCUGCCUGUGCUAAAACAAUUCGUUUAG